AUGUCUCCGCCGGCGGACCAUGACCCUCGCACGCCCGACCGCCGCUCCUCCACCCAGGCUCUCUUCACGGCCUUCCGCUCCCUUACCGGCGGCCGCCUGAAGAGCCCGACGCCCCCGCCCUCGCUCUCGUCGGCCACCAGCACGCCCGCGCGCACGCCCUCGCUGGGCACCAUUCGUGCAGGCUCCCUCUCAGGCUCGCACCAUGCCGACGGCUCCCUCCACCGCCUCAGCCAUGGCGCCGGCCAGCGCGCCGUCAGGCCAGUCACGGGCGGCCCGCCAGAGCUCGACGAGCUCAUCGCCCAGCUCGACCGCAGCCGGCCGUUUGCCGAGAGGGUCGUGGUCGUGGACAGGAUAUGCGCCAUCCUGCAAGAGUAUCCCGUGCAGAACGUCUUGGCUCUGUGGUCCGUGGCUAGCGACCUGCUCCUGCCCGAGCAGCCAGACGACGUCGCCGACGUGGGCUACCGCCUGCUCAAGGCCUGCGCCUCGCUGGCCAACCUGACGAGCAUCGAGCGCACCGUCUUCUUCGACGCGGCUUGUCUGCGCAAGAACGACCGCUUCUUUGACAAGCGUCUCGACGUCGUCACCACCCUCACCCAUGACGGCCGCGACAUCGAGUCGUGCGAGUCGGGCAUGGUCUCGUUUGUCCUGACCUCGCUGGAAAACUGCUUCCAGGCCAGCAAGGAUGCCCUCAACGCCCAGCGGACCAGGUCGAAUGCGAAAAAGGCGGUUGCAGGCACGCCCCACGAGGUCGCCAACAUGUUCCGGGCCUUCCAGUUCACCAUUGACAUUUGCAAAUUCAACGCCAAGGUCUUCACCGACGACGACCUGGAUCUCCUCAUCAGAAGAACCGUCGCCAUCUGCAAGGCUACAUUCUACAGACCCGACGUAGAGUGCGGCAUCAAGCUCUUUGACACCAUCAUCACCUAUGUCCACGUGCCCACCAAGUCACUCCGUCCCUGUCUGCAAGUUUUGAGCGAAAUCCACAAGAGAAUCCAUGGCUUCCAGGACCAAGCGUGGAACACACUGAGCAACCUCUUCAAGUCUCACAUUGGCCAAGCUGCAAUAUCCGUGCUGCUCCAUAUGCUCCUCGAUGGCCCUACCCAGGACAAUCUCCAGGACAUCGACAAGAAAAGGCUCGACAGCAUGUAUACAGGCACAACUCUGGUCUUACGUCUCCUCCUCUUGGAAAAUGGUCGUAACGAGCUGCCCAAGGUGCCCAUGUCCCUGUUGUUCCCCGCACUGAAAGCGUCCAUCCAAAGGCCCAAUACCGACCAGGAACAAAUCAUCGUCAGCUUGAUAGAUACCGUUCUGGACCAAGACGGUAUGAGAGACUUGCUUCUUGCCGAGAGCGACCUGGGGGAUUUGCUCGAAGUAAUCUGUGUAUGCGCUGAGCGUGAUGAUGACCGCGUCCGCGCCAGACUUGCCAAAACAACGGACAGGCUCAGCAUUGAGAAGAAAGGCUCCAUUGAGAGACUAGGUUCUCCUCACGAUAACAAGUCGAGUAAUGGUAGGCCUGUGAUUCGGCAUCGGUUUGCCUCGUCCUCGCCGCCCAUAGGCGUAAUGGAGCACGACGACGACAUAGCACCACACGAUGAGAGCGCCCCGUCCCAACACGAACUUUAUCAACGAGAUUCCGCAGAUGGCAUAUUCAAAGUCCUGGUCAAGCUGGACCAUCUCAGCGACGCAUUUGAUUUUGUCCAGCGAGAAGCUACCAUGGAGCUCUUCUUGCGCCUUUCACACCGUGUGAGCGAUGCAACCGCAGAGAGAGUCAUCCGCUAUUUUGCCGAAGAACGCUAUCUCAACCCGUCUAAUGAAGAUUGGCUGCAUCUUUGCCGACGUCUUGUCACGGGCAUAUUCAACGACACCACCCGCCCGCGUUCACUCCGCACCAUGGUGAUACGAGUGCUACGGGAGACGUACAGCACAGUCGAGUUGCUGUGUGACAGCGAUGUUGUGUUGCAAUGCGAAGAACUCCUACUCAGCCGCAUCGAGCCUGAAGACGACAUUGAAGUCUUGCAGGAACUCGUAGACUUCGCCAUGUAUGUUGCCGAUCAAGCAUCCUUCGACCGCUUCUCUCAAAUUAUCUAUAUCUUGAAGAAACGUCUCGACCGACCUCAGCCUGCACCACCGGCCCCAUCGGUGCCAUGGCAACCUCAUCUGUUUCUCACAAAGGAUGACGGAUGUUCCCCAUGCAACGUAAUCACUAUAGCCUAUGUGCGGCUGUUUACUCGAAGUGUUACCCAUGCAGCACGGAAAACUCGCGUGCUUUACGAAGUACUGCGGGAGAUUGCUGGAGGCGACCGAUAUGCGCACGAUGCGCGCCUGUCGGCCCUCAAGUUGUUGUUCCGUUUACGUGCAGACGCCCGCUUUGCACUCAUAGUCAACUCUUCCUCCGAGGGUGAGCGUAUUGCUGCCGAGUUAUGCCGCACAGAAGAAACAGCCAUUACUGAAAGAAAUGACGAAUUUGUGCCAGGGGACUACGCUCGCUCUGAAGAUUAUUCUUCUUGGAGGGAAAACCGUAAGACUUCUGGAACUAGCCCCCGCUCUUCUCUCAACCGCCAUUCGGGUCGCCAGGUUCCGCCCACAGGACGCGUAUCAAGACCGAUACCUCCUUUAUGGAUGUAUCCGGGCCCAAUGGGCCUCCCCGAAGAGCCAUCGCCCGAAUCCAGUCGAGUGGUCUUCUCACAUAUCGAUGCUGCCAAAUAUCCUCUCAGCGAUGAUGUCUUGGACAUGGAAAUCACACUGUGGUUGGAGCUGAUCAUCUCUUUGCUCCAAAGACCGACUGAUUGGGAGAUAUACUCUUAUGUCCUCGUUCACCUCGGUCCCCAGCUGUCCAAUCAAGCAUUGGUCCGCAGUUGUGUUGUACAGCUCCAAAUGCUGCGAAACGUCCUUUGUGAACAGGUCCGAAAUGCGAGCUUCCAUGAACCGCCACCACACACUCUUCUAAAGAAGGCAGAUGUUGCCGUCUGCCUGUUCCAUACGUUGACCGUUAUCAUCAGCUACCAUGAGUACUUUGAAAAGAGUGAAGAAGACGAUUUGGUCAAAGCGUUCCUACAGGGCAUAGUCCAAUGGGACAGAACAUCAAAGUGGUGCAUCCAUGCACUCUCUGUGUGCUGUUUUGAAAUCCCACUCUCGGUCAGUAAAUCGCUCGAUAGCAUCGUCCAGAAGAUGUCGCAGAUUAUCACAAAACCAGCAACGGCGAUACACAUUCUGGAAUUCCUCGUCUCAAUGGCACGCCUUCCAGAGCUCUUCAAAAACUUUCGCGAGGACGAGUUCAAACUGGUUUUUGGAGUGUGUUUUCGCUACUUGCAGCACAUUCGUGACCAGCAGGGUCGAGCCACAAACGGAACCGUGUCUCAAAACGGUGCUCGGACGCUUAGACAUAGUGGUACAUCUAGAGACUUUGCGGCACCAGAACCCGGCGCGACGAGGCCAAGAAGUGUUGAAGAUGACCUUCCUCAAUACCUGAAUUCUCUCGCUUACCAUGUCAUCACAUUCUGGUUCAUGGCCUUGAAGAUGGAGGAUCGUCCAAAGCAAAUCCCAUGGAUCACUAGAAACCUGUACUUUACCGAUAGCUCUGGCCGACAGGUCAUGGAAGAACAAGGACAAGUCCUUGUGGAUAUCAUGAACAUGGUGGCAUACACGGAUCGCGAUCAGACGACACGCGAAGAAUUCUCUGUCAAGCCCGGAGACGGCGAGGUUUGGAAGAAGACUUGGAUCGUAGGCAACGCCCUGGUGACAAUAGAAACUGCUGCAAGGACCGGCACUUCUCUUGUCACGACACGCCGACCCUGCGGAACCAGGUAUCUCAAAGUGCGGCCACUGCUCACGUCGCCUCCGCGACAUCAAGUACCCAUUACCAUUGGUCUCGCAUCCGAAGCAUUCUAUUCUGAUACCUAUGUUGGCAUUCUGCCAGAUGACAUCUUCCAGUCCUUCUACGCGCCCCUGGACCUCAGCAACCCACCAAUUCCUCUGCCCGAUGACGAACCCACACGCCGUGCCAUUGCCACAUUUGACAGAAUUGCCACUGUUGACAACUACAAAGUAGGAGUCAUAUACAUUGGCGAAGGUCAGACGAAUGAAAGAGAGAUUUUCAUGAACGACAUUGGAUCUCCCGCAUACACAUCGUUCCUUAGCAACCUAGGCACGCUUUGUCGCUUGAAGGGUGCAAAGUUCAACACUGGCGGUCUCGACACACGCGAAGACAUGGACGGCGAAUUCACUUACUGUUGGCGUGAUCGCUGCACGGAACUCGUUUUCCACAUCCCCACUAUGAUGCCCACGAACCCCGACGACGAGAUGACGUAUCCCAACAAGAAGCGCCAUAUUGGCAACGAUUUCGUUAACAUCAUUUUCAACGACUCCGGUCUCCCCUACAACUUCGACACCUUUCCCUCGCAAUUCAACUACGUACACAUUGUUAUUUCCCCCGAGUCGAGAGCCAGCUUCGUUGAUCGCCGGCUGGACUCUGAUCCCGAGGGUAGAAAUCGCUACUACAAAGUUCAAGCCAUUUCCAAGCCUGGCUUUCCCGACAUCUCGCCUGCUGUUGAGACCAAGAUUAUUUGCGGAAAGUACCUCGCCGACUACUGCCGUCUGAUUGCUAUCAACGCCGUCGUGUUUUCCAACGUAUGGUUCAUCCGAGAAGGAGGCGAAUCAAGCUCGUCUUGGCGCAACAGGCUGCGCGAGAUCAAACGUCUCCGAGAGCGAUAUGGCGCCAACAGUGUCCAGCCAGGCCACGUACCACCAACAUCACCACCGGCAACCCAAGGCCUUUCAAGCCCACCAUCCCGGGAACAGAAUCUGGUUUCGCCUUUUCAGCGGCUGAGUAUCGCAACCCAUGUCACCGACGGCACCAGCCGCAGCUCCGUCAGCAGUUCCUCGCACGACGUCUGAUAUUGCGCACCAAAAGUUUUUUGUUUCUGGUGUUCCAACAGGCUUACCAAUAUACCCAGGGGUUUGAUUACUACACAAAAGUUUUUUUUGAUUUUCUAUUGCAGGCCGAGACGGGGGUUUCGUGUGGAUGCAUUGCGUGGCGUUGUCGGCAGGGCAAUGCCUGAUGAAAAAGUUAUGUUGUUACUGUAGAAUCUAUACGAAAAGAAAGACAUGUCGGAAUGCGGCGGAGGAUGUGUUUUGUUAUGCUGUUAUUCAAAGUACCCUAUGUAGAUACACUCCCCUUUAUGAGUCUCGGUUCAGUUGCGAGUUGU